GGCCGAGCUCUGUCAGAACACCCCGGAGACCUUCCUGGAGGCCUCCAAGCUGCUGCUCACCUACGCGGACAACAUCCUCAGGCGCUAUUCUCGAUGACUGAGAUCCAUCAGAAGAAAACAGGCAAAACUUUCUGCCCCUGUCUGGAACUUGCAUGGAAUUUUUUCUUAGCAACUUAAACACUCAUAAAGGUCUCUAGUUUUAACAGCACAGAAAUAGAAUGUCGCAUGGGUUUCCCUUACGUCAGCAUUGAUAUUAUCAGCUGUGAAGUUAAACAGUAACGUUGCAGUAAGUGUGUACAAGAAACCCUAAUGAUGAAAAAUAUAGAUCUAUCCGGAUUGGAAACACAACUUUUUCUACUAGACUCUUGCCUGUCAGAGGAGCUGUUGAAUGUUUAUUUGAAAUGGGCUUUGAAGAGGGAGAAACCCAUCUUAUCUUUCCUAAAAAAGCUUCAGUGGAGCAGCUGCAAAAAAUUCGUGACCUGAUUGCCAUAGAGAGAAGUAGCAGAUUGGAUGGAUCAGAUAAGAGCCACAAAGCAGAAUUAUCUCAGCAACUUGCAGCCAGCACCCAGCUUCCUACAGCACAGCCUUCCAGUCCUAAUGGGUUAACCCAGCAUCCAGGGAACAGUGAAGGGCAGUCAUCAAAUCCACCGUCCGCUCCAAUGGUUACUACUGGUGAUUCAGUCAUUCUAAAAGCUCUUCAGUCCAACAUUCAGCAUGUACUGGUCUAUGAGAACCUUGCUGUCCAGGAGAAAGUGCUGGCUUGUAUUCCAGUCCAAGAACUAAAAAGGAGAUCACAAGAAAAGUUAUCUAGAGCUAGAAAAUUGGAUAAAGGUACUAAUGUAAGUGAAGAGGACUUUCUUUUGCUGGAGCUUUUACACUGGUUUAAGGAAGAAUUUUUUCACUGGGUGGAUGACAUUUUGUGCAGCAAAUGUGGUGGCCAGACUAAGUCUAGAGGCGAAUCAUUGUUCCCCAGUGAUGAUGAGCGGAAGUGGGGUGCAAACAGAGUGGAAGAUCAUUACUGUGACGCCUGCCAGUUCAGCAAUCGAUUUCCAAGGUAUAAUAAUCCCGAGAAACUUCUGGAAACAAGAUGUGGACGGUGCGGGGAGUGGGCCAAUUGUUUCACACUGUGCUGCAGAGCCCUGGGCUUCGAAGCCCGCUACGUCUGGGAUUACACAGACCACGUCUGGACAGAAGUGUACUCCCCUUCUCAGCAGCGGUGGCUGCACUGUGACGCGUGUGAAGACGUCUGUGACAAGCCCCUCCUCUAUGAGAUCGGCUGGGGCAAGAAGCUGUCCUACAUCAUCGCAUUUUCUAAAGAUGAGGUGGUUGACGUCACUUGGCGAUAUUCUUGUAAACAUGAAGAGGUGAUCUCCAGAAGAACUGAAAUUAAAGAAGAGUUACUUCGAGAAACUAUUAAUACACUUAAUAAGCAGAGGCAGAUAUCUUUGUCAGAAAACAGAAGAAAAGAACUUCUCCAGAGGAUCAUUGUGGAGCUUGUUGAAUUUAUAUCUCCCAAAAGCCCUAAGCCUGGAGAACUUGGAGGAAGGAUAUCUGGGUCCUUGGCAUGGAGAGUAGCCCGAGGUGAAACGGAUCCAGAGAGUAAAGAAACCCUGUUCAUCCCCUCUGAAAACGAGAAGAUUUCUAAACAGCUCCACCUUUGCUAUAAUAUAGUAAAAAAUCAUUAUGUCCGCAUUUCAAGUAAUAACCAAACCAUUUCUGGAUGGGAGAAUGGUGUGUGGAGAAUGGAAUCCAUAUUCAGAAAAGUUGAAACAGACUGGAACAUGGUGUAUUUAACCCGAAAGGAAGGAUCGUCUUAUGCUUACAUUUCCUGGAAGUUUGAAUGUGGGUCAGUUGGCCUCAACGUAGAUAACAUUUCCAUUAGGACAAGUAGCCAGACCUUUGAGACAGGAACAGUACAGUGGAAAUUGAGAUCUGAUGCAGCACAAGUAGAGCUGGCGGGCGAUAAAAUUCUUCGCUCCUAUCAUGAUUUUUCUGGUGCCACUGAAGUUAUUUUGGAAGCAGAAUUAAGCAGAGGAGAUGGUGUUGUUGCUUGGCAACACACCCAGCUGUUUAGACAAAGCUUAAAUGACCCUGAAGAAAAUUGUUUGGAGAUAAUUAUAAAAUUCAGUGACCUUUGAGAACCUGAACAUUAUAGAAAAGCUGGCAAUAAUCAAGGACAUAGCAUGUUCUAAAGUAGUCUGUUGGUUCCGUGCAUGCUUAGAUGGCAGUGUUCUACCCCCUGCUAGCAUAUUUCCUUGUUGGCUAUCCAUCGUGUUAACCCUCAUGAAAAUGUAUCUUUUUACUGUGGACCCUAAUGAAACCUUGAAUUAAAAGCUUCCUUCCAUAUGUGACUCUGAUUUGGAGUGAAGUCUUACUGCCCCACUAUGAGAUUUUAACCUAAAAGUCGUAAGUAUGGUUUUAAAAGUAAAAUGAAGGUAUUCGUGAUUAAAUGCUAUUCGUGAUUAUGAUGACAUCUUAAGCUAAUAAUAGUAACUUGACAGUUUCUGAUCAUUCUGGCAUUAAUUUCUCCGUAAGUAAUUGAAAUAGAUUUCCUAAGAUUUUUUAAUUUUUAAUAAACGUGAAAGUGUAGUAUUUCAUAAGUUACAGAGCAUGAAAAUUUUUAUGACUGUAAAUACGUACGCAUUUAAGAAAUAAAAUGAAUUAUUUUGCGUUAUAUCUUUUUAGUGAUUACUUUGGCAAAUAAAAAUCAUAAGUAUGCUAAACAUUGAAAACCACUUGAAUAGACAAGAAUUAUGAAAACAGUUAACACUGCAUAAAUUCAGAGAUACAUUAUAGAUCCAUAAUAUGUGGACACUUCGGAAAAUGCUUUACUUUUGAGUUUACUUUUGAGUAUUUUUAUCUACCUCAUUGAAUAAAAUGUUUAUUCUUGA